AUGCCAGAAGAACAUAAGAAAUUGUUAGAUAGUUCUGGCACUGCAGCUGACGCAGAUGAUGCUACCGCCACUGCCAUCUUGAGAAGAAAGAAGAAGCAAAACAUGUUACUGGUCGAUGAUGCAGUUAACGAUGACAAUUCUAUCAUUGCUAUCAAUUCUAACACUAUGGAUCUUUUACAAUUGUUCCGUGGUGACACCGUUUUAGUCAAGGGUAAGAAGAGAAAGGACACCGUUUUGAUUGUUAUGAUUGAUGACGAACUGGAAGAUGGUGUCUGUAGAGUAAACCGUGUUAUUCGUAACAACUUGAGAAUAAGACUCGGUGAUUUGGUCACUAUCCAUCCAUGUACCGAUAUCAAGUAUGCUUCCAGAAUCUCAGUGUUGCCAAUCGCUGACACCAUCGAGGGGUUGACUGGUAAUCUAUUUGAUGUGUACUUGAAGCCAUACUUUGUCGAAGCUUAUAGACCGGUUAGAAAAGGUGACCACUUUAUCGUUAGAGGUGGUAUGAGACAAGUAGAGUUCAAGGUCGUAGACGUUGAGCCUGAAGAGUACGGUGUUGUUGCCCAAGAUACUGUCAUUCAUAGUGAAGGUGAGCCAAUUAACAGAGAAGAUGAAGAAAAUAACAUCAAUGAAGUCGGUUAUGAUGAUAUUGGUGGUUGUCGUAAGCAAAUGGCUCAAAUUAGAGAAUUGGUCGAAUUGCCAUUGAGACACCCACAACUAUUUAAGGCCAUUGGUAUCAAACCUCCGAAGGGUAUUUUGAUGUACGGUCCUCCAGGUACCGGUAAAACUCUAAUGGCCAGAGCUGUGGCUAACGAGACAGGUGCAUUUUUCUUCUUAAUCAAUGGUCCAGAAGUCAUGUCCAAGAUGGCUGGUGAAUCUGAAUCCAACUUGAGAAAGGCUUUCGAAGAAGCAGAAAAGAAUGCUCCGGCCAUUAUUUUUAUCGAUGAAAUUGAUUCUAUUGCACCAAAGCGUGACAAGACUAACGGUGAAGUGGAAAGAAGAGUCGUUUCUCAAUUAUUGACUCUAAUGGAUGGUAUGAAGGCUAGAUCCAACAUCGUUGUCAUUGCAGCCACCAAUAGACCCAAUUCUAUCGAUCCUGCUUUGAGAAGAUUCGGUAGAUUUGAUAGAGAAGUCGAUAUUGGUGUUCCUGACGUUACUGGUAGAUUGGAAGUCUUACGUAUUCACACUAAAAAUAUGAAGUUGGCUGACGACGUCGACUUAGAAAAGUUGGCCGCUGAAACCCAUGGUUAUGUUGGUGCUGAUAUUGCCUCCCUAUGUUCUGAAGCUGCUAUGCAACAAAUUCGUGAAAAGAUGGACCUAAUUGACUUAGAUGAAGACGAAAUUGACGCCGAAGUGUUGGACUCAUUAGGAGUUACUAUGGACAACUUCAGAUUUGCAUUGGGUAACUCCAACCCAUCCGCAUUGCGUGAAACCGUUGUAGAAUCUGUUAAUGUCACAUGGGAUGAUAUCGGUGGCUUGGAUGAAAUUAAGGAUGAAUUGAAGGAAACCGUCGAAUAUCCAGUCUUGCAUCCAGAUCAAUACACCAAGUUUGGUUUGUCACCAUCGAAGGGUGUGUUGUUCUACGGUCCUCCUGGUACUGGUAAGACUUUGUUAGCUAAGGCUGUCGCCACCGAAGUGUCUGCUAAUUUCAUUUCGGUCAAGGGUCCUGAGUUAUUAAGUAUGUGGUACGGUGAGUCCGAAUCCAAUAUCCGUGAUAUUUUCGACAAAGCCAGAGCUGCAGCCCCAACUGUCGUUUUCUUAGAUGAAUUGGACUCCAUUGCUAAGGCUCGUGGUGGUUCUUUAGGUGAUGCAGGUGGUGCAUCUGACAGAGUGGUUAACCAAUUAUUGACCGAAAUGGAUGGUAUGAACGCCAAGAAGAACGUUUUCGUUAUUGGUGCCACUAACAGACCAGAUCAAAUCGAUCCAGCUAUUUUAAGACCUGGUAGAUUGGAUCAAUUGAUCUACGUUCCAUUACCAGACGAAACAGGAAGAUUAUCUAUUCUAUCAGCCCAAUUAAGAAAUACACCAUUAGAACCAGGACUAGAUCUAAAGACCAUCGCUCAAGCUACACAGGGAUUCUCUGGUGCAGAUUUAUUAUAUAUCGUACAGAGAGCUGCGAAGUUUGCCAUUAAAGAUUCCAUCGAGGCACAAAAACGUGCAGAAGUUGUCAAGAAAGAAGAAGGUGCAGAAGAAACCGAGAAGGUCAAGACAGAAGAAGACGUUGAAAUGUCAGACGUUCAACAAGAGGAUCCAGUUCCAUUCAUUACCAAAGAACACUUCACUGAAGCUAUGAAAACAGCCAAGCGUUCUGUUACAGAUACUGAGCUUCGUCGUUACGAAGCUUAUGCUCAACAGAUGAAGGCAUCCAGAGGACAAUUCGGCAACUUCUCGUUUGGUGAUGAUUCAGGUGCUGCCGCAACUCAAGCUGGUGCUGAGGGUUCUGGUGCAGCUUUCGGAGAUGCCGCUGGUGAAGAUGACGAUGAUUUGUACAGUUAG